AUGGUGCACCCAUAUAUGUUUCCCAAAGAUACUAUGAGGAUGGAUAUUAAAGCGGAUGAAGUGAAGAAUUAUGUUAAACCUGAUGAAGUGAAGGAUGAUGUCAAACUGGGUGCUAGAUUGAUUGUUAUUGAGGUAGAUGUUCUUGAACCAUUUGCAAAUAAAUAUGAAUUUAUUGUUCAUAAACAUAAACUACAAUGGGUCCACAUGGAGGCUGGGAAAUUAGGGUUUAGCAUUGUAAUCGAAAGGUCUAACAAUAGUUCUAAUAGAAGACAAGCAUUUGUAACAAUGAGAUGUAAAAGAAGUGACACAUACCAACCACCGAUUCGGAAGUUGAAACGUGAUGACACCGGAUCGAGAAAAGGUGAGUGUCCUUUUAAAUUGUGCGGAUAUUGUAAGGCGGAUGAUACGUUGAAAUUAUAUGUGGUUUAUGGUACACAUAAUCAUGCCUUGUAUCACAUGCUAGUCGGUCAUCCCAUUGUAUGUCUCCAUAUUCCAGAGGAGAAGGAACUUGUUUCGAACAUGACAUUAAACAUGGUGGCGCCGAAAAACAUACUUGCAACUUUGAAACGGGAAAGACCUCAAAAUGUUUCAAUCAAACAAGUAUACAAUGUGUGUGCUUGA